AUGCCUUCCGAAGAAGUUACUAUUCCAAACAACUCUGCUACUUCUUUUGAUGAUAGUUUACACAAUAAUGCAAAUGAAGCUAUAGCACAUGAUAAAGAUAGGAAAGCAAUCACAAAAUCACGAGCUACAGAGGAAGAUCUUCAAAAUGUAUUCAAUCCAAAGACCUAUGUACCUGGCUCCUAUAGAUAUUCUCGCCAAUACCUACGUGAACGUUUAAGUCGUUCUAUCCUGCAUGAAUUUAGCAUUGAUGAACAGAAAGCAAGAAUCGAAGUGGCUGCCGCUUAUCGACUAGCUGCAAAAAAUGGAUGGUUGGAAUCCAUCUACAAUCAUAUUACUUGUAAUGUGGCUGGUCCAAAUGGUGAACGUCACUUAUUGAUCAACCCUUUUGGCCUGAACUACUGUGAAAUUACUGCGUCAUCACUGGUUAAAAUUGAUUAUGAUGGAAAUACGAUUCAUCCAGGCGUAGUGGGUGACAUCAUGGGAGUGAACAAAGCUGGCCUCGUAAUCCAUUCUUGCAUUCAUCGAGCUCGUCCGGACAUUCAUUGCGUGAACCAUAAUCAUAAUUGGGCUGUAGCCGGGCUCUCAGCAACAAAAAGUGGAAUGAUCGAAUUGGCACAGACUGCACAUAUAACUGGAGAGAUUGCCUAUCAUGACUAUGAGGGCAUUGCUAUAUCGAACGAUGAGCAAGAACGGCUUGUGCGUGAUUUGGGAGACAAGGACGUAAUGAUUUUGCGUAACCAUGGUUUGCUCACUUGUGGACCAUCUGUUGGUGCUGCGUACUACCAUGCGUAUACGCUAUGCGCCGCUGCAGAAAUGCAAUCGCAUACAUGCUCUAUGGCCUUUAACAAGGAUGAUUUAAUCAUACCGGAAGAUCGACUCAUCAAGCUAAGCAUGAAUAUAGCUAAGAAUUUCAAUCAAGAUUCAUUUGGUACUUUAGAAUUUGCUGCUGCCAUGCGUGACCUUGACUACGAUCAAGAUCAUUCUGCUUAUCCGGACUACCGAAAUUGA